AUGCGCUCUCUUCUCUUCUUAACUAUUACUUCUUUGGCCUCCGCUCUGGUCAUACCAGAUGAGGACCCUGGUAUUCGCUCCCAGGAGCAAUUCUUGAAUCGAGAUGAAGUUGACAUAGGCUCAUGGGGAGCGGGAAAUCUGAAGGAUCAAUUGUUCAUGGAUAUUCCAAGCCCAACGCCUGUCGACCGUGGGUUCGGACAUGGAAGAGAAUGGUCUCGUGGUCACCACGAUAGGUAUGAAGGCUGUCCUUGGGACGGAAGUCAUGGAUCCUGGCCUGAAGAGGGCCGCCAUAGACAUGACUGGCUCGAUGAACGACCCGGAUGGGGAAGGGGACAUCACGAGAGCCCCGGCAGACAUGGCGAACACGGCGAAUGGCCUGGUAAAGGCCACAGACAUGGGCCCGAUGGUCCUGAAGACUGGCCGGGUCACGAAGACGAAGGAUACCACCCACCCUAUUUCCACCAUCCCCAUCCCCACCCAUACCCCGGUGACAGACCCUGCGGUGGGAAACAUCGAAUCCAAGAUCCAUGCCCAGGCCCAGGAAGUCCGAAAGAUCACACAAUUUGGGAAACAAUCCAGCAAAACGAGCAAACAACCCGACUAGCAGAACUGAUAUCCAACGACAAAGAGCUAAUCGAGCUGCUAAGCCAGAAAGAAAACCACACCAUCUUCGCACCGACAAACCACGCCCUAAGUCAACUAGACCUGCCCGCAAAUGUCCUAUCCAACUUCCUGCGCUACCACAUCGUCCCCGGACGAUUCCACCUACACGAGCUAGCAUUGCAUCAAACACUGCCAACCAAACUAACCGAGGAAUCAUUGGGAAAGCUUCCACAACGACUAGUCAUAGAUCUAGUCGACGAAGCAAUCCUCAAUCGAAGGAGUAUAGUUCUUCGAGCAGAUAUUAGUACCAAAAAUGGAGUCAUCCAUAUAAUCGACCUCCCUCUACAUCUCCCACUUGAGACGCGGGCGAUGAUUCCAGAGGAGAGUAUCUUCGCGCGAGCGCUGGCGCAGACGCAGCUCAGUCAGUAUAUGGAUCCGGCGCAUCGGAGAGGAGGGACGACAUUUGUGCCGACAGAUAGGGCGUUUAGACGGCUUGGGCGGCGGGCGAAUGAGUUCCUUUUCUCGGAGGAGGGGGCGGCUUGUUUGCGGGCUUUGGUGGGAUAUCAUAUUGUGGCUAAUCGGACGGUGUAUUCGGAUAUGGUGUAUGCGGAUGGGAAGGCUAAGGAGUUUUCUGGUCCUGGGCAUGCAGUUGUUGAGAUGGAGACUGUUGAAGGGAGGGAGGUUUGGGUUGAUAUUGAGGAGGGUAUGCGGGUGAAUGGGUUUGGUAGGGUUGUUGCGGAUCUGGUGGCGAGAGAUGGGUCGAGUUUGAUGCUGGAGAGGGUUUUGCUUCCGCCGCAGAAGGUGAAGGGUAAGAGUUUUAGCAAUAAGGCUAACGAGGACAAGAUUGGGGAUUUGAUGGAGAGGCUCGAUUGUGUUCGAGGGCAUGAGCUUUGA